GAAUGUUGAAACCAUCGCGCUUCUCCAAGUUCACUGACUCUCAUCAUUAUGGGUCCACUGACCAUCACUAAUAAGUCCCAUUUCGACGAAGACGAUGCUAUUGUAGUAACCGGAGAGAAUGCCAACGCUAUAUUCGGCCUCCAUAUAGCUGAAGGCCAGUGGUCUUAUUGGGAUUUGGCAGAAGAAGAAAUUAUAUCUAUUCCGCGUCAUCUUCAAUUAAUCUUGCAGGAAACUGAAAUUGAGCAAUGGUACUCAGAUUCCGUUCUUCGAACACGCCUGGAGGCGAUCUUUGCGACUACUUUGGCGUCAAGGAAACGCGAUGUUCUCUCGGAGUCCACGAGUUCGGCGAAGUCUACUCUAUACCAAACCGCACGUUGGGUUUCUGGAGUGCCCUUCUCGGCUAAAGGCGGUUAUAGGGGUCGGCGCAUGAAAAUAAAUACUCUGAUCGACUAUGCAUUAUGCCAUGGACAACUGGAGAAAAUACAAGAUAUCAAACUACUUGUCAACGUGGUGGAUUCGCGAGAUAACAAAUGUGCUAGAACAAGUCUGGCCUUGAUCAAUUGGGUUCGUGAGGAAACUGGAAAAGACAGAAUUCCUUUAUUUGCAAUCUCUGUGGAUGGCGAUAGCUUUAUGUUUACACGGCUAAAUAUCGACUAUUCAUAUACCGUACACUACACCUCAUUGAGCACGGGCGCAAGACGUAACCGGGUCAUAUCCCUUAUUUCCCGCUUCAUCGAUCACGCUAUAUGCUCGAUAUGAGAUGUAUGGUUCUCGUUGGAUAGCAGACCAGCAGAUGUAGCUCUGUGUGAUACAUGGGUGCAGAAACUAGUUCUAAUUCUUCUUGUUCGGGAGACUUUGGUUCUGUAACAAGCAUAGGGAAGCCUGAAUAGAAGUAGGCGGUAUUACCAAAUUCGGCCGGGGCGCUGAAUGCCUUUACGUUAUAUAGAC